GUCCAAGCACACAGUAUAAGAGAUAACGAGGAGGAGGACCGACGGUGCUCCAUGGUAGCUUUAAAUACUUUACAAAUCUCCUUGACAUGUUUGCCGCCUGGAUCCCUCGCUUUAAUUGCCUAGUUAAGGUUCCUGGAACAUCUAUAAUGGGAUAAACAUUGUCUCAUACCUAUGAUUGCAUAAAUGGUUUAUCUUGUGUGAAGGAGGGUCUUCUCUGCUUGCUCGCCCUUGGUCUGUCUGUGGCCCAUAGUGGAUCCUACUCUAGAUAUUUUCAAGAUACUCACGAGUUCAAGAUGUCAAACAUUUACACACCAGAGGACUUCGCCUUUGCCAAACUGUACAAGUGUGUUCAUGUGCCAGGACAGAAAGCUAUGUGUGAUGUAGCAAGGGCUAUGUAUGCUGACAGUCGAAUGAACACAAAAGGCGGAACUAUGUCUCUCAGAGAUUUUUGUACUCAGACUGGUAAAAAAGAGAAUGAGUUUGAUAAUCACCUUGAUGAUAAUAUUAUGGUGGUUGAAUUUGAUAUUACUUUUGCAUUUAAAUUGAUGUCAAUAGCAUGUAACACACUCUACUCAGAUUUAAAUUGUCAGGCACAGAUUAAUAACUUGAAGCUUUUAAGAAAUGAAAUUAAUCACAACUAUUCAAAAGCCGAGGACAGUAUGAAGGACACAUGUGAUAAACUGAAGACAAUCAUUAAAGAUAUAUAUAAAGGUGUGGGUUUAGUUGUGAAUCAAAAUUUUGACACAGAGUACUCGAAUGCAGUAAAAAUACUUGAUGAAAUCAUUGCUGCAAAAGUUCAGGCAGGUAAUGUGGCCACCAUUGAUGACAUAAUGAAGUUUAAGAAGGAUAAGAUAUUUGUAAUGACUACUGAAGGUCGAGAUGAACUUCAUGCAAAUUAUCAGAAUUUGAAGAUUUUAAACCCUUUCAUCAUAUUGUUGGAUGAUUUUCAUAAGAUUAAAGACUUUCGAGUGGACAAGAUUUUUACCCCAUUGGAAAUUGAGGACAGAAAGGGUGAUAUUGAUAUGAAAGAAAUCCUGACAGUGACAACACGAGUAUCAUAUACAGGGGAAGAAAGACUGCCAGGGUUGUUAUUGUUCCAUGGUCUUCCUGGGUGUGGUAAGACAUCCCUAUGUCGGUAUCUUAUUGACAAGUGGCUCGAGAGCAGCACAGAGAUAGAUGGUCUGAGCAAUUUUGAUCUUGUUAUUCUUGUGGAGGUUCGGAGGACAGUUUCAGGAAAUGUAUUAGAGUACUUAAGUGAACAGUUGAUGCAUGAAACAUGUGGAAAGUUUAAAGAGGAAGAUAUUAUUUCAAUACUGAAAGAGCUGAGUAUUUUAUUCAUUAUUGAUGGUUAUGAUGAAAAAACAGAUAGAUCUAGUGGUCUUGUGAAAGAUAUUUUCAAAAAUUUUGGUGACAAGCGCAUCAUCAUCACAACUCGACCUGAAAAACUGAAAGAAGCUGUAAACAUAGCAAAAAAAUGCAAUAUUUAUUAUCUUGAAAUUAAGGUGUGUGGUUUUGAUGAUGACAGACUUAAGGAGUUUUCAAAAAAACUAUUCAGGGAGAUAAUAAAUAAAAAUGACUAUGAUAUGGAAAUAAGCAACUUUUUCAAGUAUAUUGAUGGACCAGGAAGGGUGUUGGAUGAACACUUGAAGCUUCCACUAACCACUUCCCUUUUAAUCAUUCUUUGGAAACACGAUUCGGAGAUUGUAAACCAGGUGACCACGCUUACUCGUCUCUAUCAAGAGCUUUUCUGGCUGUGUCAAGAGAGGUUAGCUCGGCGCCUAAGUAGUAAAUGUGCUGUGCCAUAUCAAAAGAUAAAGGGAGAUCUAGCUGAGCUAUUGAUUCAUUUAGGAGACCAAGCUUGGAUUAUGCUACAGGCAGAAAUGUACACACUGCAAGAAAAUAAUCUAACUGAGAUUUGUAAAAUAUGUGAUGACAAGAAAUUACUAUCACAGGAGGUCCUGGCAGCUUUUUUAACAUGUGAGGCUGAUAAGAAUUCAAAAGAGAAAUAUAUACCGGUAUAUGAAUUCUUUCAUAGGAGCCAAAUGGAGUAUUUUGCUGCUGAAUUUUUGAGUGACUGCAUCAAAAAGAAGAAAUUUAAUUUCAAAGAUGUAGCAAACCAGCCUGAGAGUUGGGAAUCAUAUCAGGAGGUUAUAAAGUAUCUAACAGGUCACUUGGCAAGUCAGAAAAUUUUAGAAGACAAAGUUGAAGACCUCUUUUCUCUCAUUGCUAAAGCAGGUAUUGAAGAUCAGAAUUAUAACUUCUGGUGGAAUAUACUUAAUGAGAGUCAGCCAGUAAUAAGAAAUAAAAAUAAUAAAUUUGAAAAAGUGGCUCAUCCCAAGAUAAAUACCAUCAUUGCCAAGGACAAAUUACGAAACAAGGACUGGAACCUAGACCAUACAAAUGUUGUCUCAGCCUUGAAACUUCUUAGUUUCACUCCAGUCCAACCUAACAGUCUGAAAAUAGAGAUUGAGGGGAACAAAAACCCCCAGAAAUUACCAAUGUUCUUGGAUGUAAUGGAAGGGGUUGGUAACAAGCUGAAGGAACGAAAGACCAGGAGGAUGAUAAAUGUAGAUCUUGCCUUGCUGAAUCAUGAACGUUAUGAAUGUCAAAACACUUCAGAGUCAUUCCUUGAUGCAUUGGAAUCCUGGGCCAAUCUGACAAAUUUUACUGGCAGUCUUGAGAAGCCAAAAAAUCUUUCUAACUACAGAAGUAUCAAGACUAUUCGCGUGAAAGUGACAAAUUUAGAGGCUCUUGAAUCCUUGAGGAAUUUACAAAACACCAGGACUCUACGCAUUACUCUCCAACUGUCACCAAAUGAUUAUCAAGCAGAACAUUUUCCUGAUUUAGAAUACAAGGGAAACCUAGAAAUCUCCAUGCUUGACUUGAAGGAUCAUCACCAAUCUUGGAUAGUGGAAGUUGUUAAAAGACUGGGUAAAGGAUGUGGGUGCUGGCGCCUGUCUCUACAAUUUUCCGAUGUCAAGAAUACGACAAUUGAGUGGCUGGUGAAGAAACUUAAAAACUAUUUAAGUGACAAGCUGACCAUCAAAAGUAACAUAGAGCAAUCUGAUGUAUACUUGGAAACUCUGAAUAUGAUGGCUGCUUUUGAUGUUGUAUGGCUUACAUAAUGCGAGGCCUACUUUGCAGUUACCUUGCAAUGAUUUAGGGGCUCAAUGUCCCCGCAGCCUGGUCCUCGACCAGGCAUCCUCAUUGCUGGACUGGUCAACUGUUGGAUGUGGAUGCUUGCAGCUUGACGUAUGAAUCACAGGCUGAUCUUAUUGGGCCUCACAGAACAUCAGAUCUAUUGAGAUAUUUAUUUCCAGGUAUCAACCAGGGCAGAUCGUAUUAAAACUGACAGCGAGACAGUGACAGUAAAGACGAAAUGAAAAAGCGACAGAAAAAUUGCUGUGAUCCACGACAGGAGAGUCCAAUGAUGCAAACUCCCAGGAAUUGUCAACAGGAAACCCUAAUCAGCAGGAUGCAAGACACGCAGAUUAAUAGAAGGCAGCGGCUGUUAUUCCCUACAACAUGUCAACUGAACUUCCAUCAAAAGCUGGAGUGUAUGAUACAUCUGGCUAAGGAGUGUUUUGAAUAUGAACCAAUAUUCAAUGAGGGUCUUCGCUGGCCCUAAAUAACAGUUGGGACAGAAAAGGCUGUGGAACACCUAACAACGGUUGGUUUUGAGAAUAUUGUGGUUAUUCCAGAAGGUAUGAUGCACACCAAGAUCACAGUUUUUAAGUAUCCAACUUAUUUGGAUCCUGAUUAUCUUCUUCUCAACAAUGAUAGUGUUGUUUGGGCAAAGAGGAACAGUGUUUGUGGUGAAAAACAAAGCCAAGUUGUUGCCUUGGUAAAGGGUGAGGCUUCAGAAAGAAUUUUUGUGCAAAGAUUAGGCUACAGGAAAGUUGCAAAAUACUUUGAGGAGCCCAUAUUAUGCAUGAAGUGUUCUCGUUUGGGACAUAUGACUUGGAAAUGCCAGUUUAACCCCAGGUUAAACUGGCAUUUGUGUGGCAUUUAAACCAGGUAUUGUGGUAAGAAACACGACUCGCGAAAGUGUAGAGUCAAGAUUGAAAAAGGUGAAAAGUUCAUCCCAUCUUGUUGCAAUUGUCGAGGUAACCACAAUGCUGUUUCCUAUCUAUGCCACAUGACAACCCGUCCUCUUAAAAAGAACGUCACUUUUGGCCCGUAUGCGCGAUAUGGCUAAAUUUGGACGUAAUUUGAAAUGAAAUCGACUCACAAAAGUGACGUUCUGUUCCGUUUUCUAUUUGAGUC